UGUUCAUACGCAUGUAAACAAGCAACAUGGCCGAUUGACACGAAGUUUAACUGAGAAUAUGCACGGAACGGAAAACCAAGGGUAUGAUGGUGAUGGCGUGUUUUAUUUUAGUUCUUAAUAGAUUGAGACGAUGAUGUUUUUUGGGGAGCUUUGAUCGAAAAAAACCUGACAGUCAUUCUUUUCUGUUCGUUUGUUCGUAGCUCUGCGGGUUCCGAUGGCGCCGAAGACGAAGUAGCUACUUGGUUUUCGGGUUGGUUUAGUUGGUGUCCAACUUCCGAAAGAUUGUUGGAAAUCGCAGAAUCGCAGAUUUUAGAGAGUAAGUUUGAAUGUUUGUAAAGUAACCCUCUUGCGAUGAGCGCUUGAUAGCCAUUAUGUAAUUUCUUUUUUGUUGUACCGGCCGGCGUCUCAGUGACAUGCAAUCAACUAUUUGGCGAUAAGGUCUCCUAUCAUUUUUUCCACCUUAAUGUUGCAUUUUUUGUUUUUCAAUCAUCAUUAAGUUUAUAUCCUUUAAAAGAUUAUUCAGUUCACAAGAUUGUACUGAAGAUUUGCGCAGUCUUAGUUCACCGAAGUUAUAUUAUUAGCUUACUGUAUUUAAAGUUUAUGGAUUCCUCGCCGGCAUUCAAUAUCAUACCAAAACCCAAUUUGUAUUUUUAUAUGUUGAUCGUGAUCUGAUUCCUUAGUUAAAACACAGUUAGCGUUAUAAGUGCCUCCUUAGCUUACUAACGAUCACACACUUGUCGAGAAAAAAAUUAAUAAUGUUAGCUUCAGAUCUACAAUAAUAGAUCGAGAGGGGCAGAACGCGUGCCGCUAGCUUGUGAAAUACCGACAUUCGUUGUUUCAACAACUAUAAAUAAAUUUAGGUGAUAGAGAAUGAUCGAAUUGUCUUGUUUCUGUUUUUGCUCACAGAGAUCCGAUCUUAUUACGAAAGCGAAUUUGUUCCUUUGAAAAAUGAUCAGAGAAUAUGGACAUUAAAAUUCAACCCAACAGCUAAUAGAUCACCGCUUGUGUUGGUUCAUGGAUUUGGUGGGGGUGUCGGACUAUGGGCAAUGAAUGUGGACACCUUAGCUGAGAAAAGGACUGUGUAUGCAUUUGACGUUUUGGGAUUUGGCCGCAGUUCAAGGCCUGAGUUAAGCACCGACCCAGCUGAAGCUGAGGAACAAUUUGUGGACUCCAUUGAACAGUGGCGAGAAAAAAUUGGGUUGGAAAAAUUUGUGCUAUUAGGACACAGCCUUGGAGGAUUCUUAGCAACUUCCUAUGCCAUUAAGCACCCUUCUAGAGUGCAACAUCUAAUUCUUGCAGAUCCAUGGGGGUUUCCUGUAAAACCUACUGAGGACAAUGUCAGUAGGCAUAUUCCAGCUUGGGUUAAAUUACUUGGGGCUGUUCUAAGUCCAUUUAAUCCAUUAGCAGGACUGCGUGCGGCUGGCCCAUGGGGUAGGUAUAGCUCAGGUAUAAUUAUCCCUCGUGUCUCCCAUGCACCUCGGCAAACAACACUCCAGUGAAUCUAUUUGGGCGUCUUUCAUGAAGGAACUGAGACCUCCCAGGGUGGGAGGGAGGGAAAUGAAAACAGCAAAUCAAAUGACUGAGCGAGACAAAUGAUCAGGUAACAAGAAGAUGUCAGUCACCACCCAUUGGGCAAAACAUUGUGAGGUCCUAGGGCUUAUUAAGUUAUACACUAGGAAUAUUUAACAAUUAUUAUUCCUCAAGCCUGAAUGGGCUCGCCCGAAUGGGCUAUUGACUCAGAGGCCAUGAGGGCGAGAGGAAUAAUAUUAUUGUUUUAGUAAAAUCCAACUAGUUGGUCAAAAAUAUGGAGAAUAAAAAAAUUUUAGCUAGUUAAAGCUAGACUUUAGUCCUUUUUUGCCGCCAAAAAGUGCGCACUUUUUGCUACUAGUAGGCUAUAACAUAUAGCCUAGUAGUAGUUCAACCAAUCAGAAUGCAGCAUUUAUAAUAGACCACUAGUUGGAUUUUAGUAAUGACAAUUAUCCCUCGUGUCCCCUGCGCUCCUGAGCAAACAACAAUUGAGUGAAUCGGUUUGCAGGGCGUCCUUAAUGAAGGAACCGAGUAUCAGUCAAAUAAAAGCUUUAACAUCCCCCUGGGGAUACCUUGGGCAUUUAGCAUGUCUGUCUUCCCAGGGGGAGGGAAUUUGAUCAUCAAAGUCCUCUGGGAUAAGGAAUUUCAUUCCCAUGUAUAAGGCGUAGAAAAUUUGAACCCUUUCCUUGGUUUUCUGUUAUAUAUUGCCUCGGUGCUUGGAUGAGGCAUAAUAAAUCACCUCAGAGGCUGACGUGGCGAGAUUGGAUGAUUUCAAAGGGAAAUAUUGCAGCUUUCAUGGUGAAUCGGCUACAAAGCAAAGGAAUACACAAGCUUAGGUCUGUCUGCAAACUCAGGUUCAAGAUCAUCAGAAAGCUAGUUAAAAGAGUUAUAUGGUCCCUGCUGUUUAAUUCCCCUUGGAUGGGGGAGAGGGGGGCAUUUUAUCGCUUAAGUAAAUGGACUUCUGGUGAGGCAAUUAAAGAGCUUUUUGGCUCAGGAAGUGGGAAAUUUGUCCUGUGGGUUGCCCAGGCAGUUGAAAAUAUUUGAUGAUACAGAGAGAAUAACAUAUAUACUUGCGAUUAAAAGUUUUAUUGCUGCCCAUUUCCUAUAAAAUGACCAAAGCAAUAAAUCCUUACCUAAAAUCCCCAGGCCACACAAUGCCCUUGUCUGACCCACCUUUAUAAAUAUUUACGUUUCACAAACAUGCUGCAGUGUUGAGUGAUCAGAGGGUUUUUAAUCAACAGGUCCUUCACUGGUACGACGAUUCAGACCAGACUUCCAAAGAAAGUUCUCUAGUAUUUUGUCUGAUGACACCAUUUUUAACUAUAUAUACCACUGCAAUGCUCAAGUGCCGAGGUAAACAAACUUUGAUAACAGAAACAAUGUUGUUUACCUAAUGUCUCUGAUAGUCAGGAAAGGUCAAGCAUUCCCCCCACCCCACCCCCACUAGAUUCUAUAAAUGAAUCGAUUAUUUGAAAAUGAAUAAUUCGCUUGUUACUGCCCCAACCAGUAUCAAAUUUAAAUCUGCAUUGCUGCAUGCAUAAUGAGCAGUGAAUUUUUGGCUACAGCUUCUCAGUAUUCGGUCAGAUUGAGAAAUCUUUGAAUGGUAAAAUUGAAAACAUUCAAAUUCAAGAAAACUGAUUUGGCAGAAAUGUCAUAACCACCACGUGUGGAUUACUGCUCAUUACGCAUGCAGGAAUGCAGAGAUCAAUUCCAUCAGAUUACAGUUGGAUUCUUGUGGGGUAUGCAUGUACUUGACCCAGUGUGUUUGUAAUAAAAUUUUGAAAUAAAAUGUCUUUAGUCUUGGUUUAGUCAAGCUCCCUUAGUUCCAACUAUCACAAAUAAAAUAAAAAUGAAGCAAAAUGAAAUGAAAUAGUUAUGUCACUGAACUGCAAAAGAAAGUUUAAAUUAAAAAAUUAUGCAAAACUGUUAUUUAAAGACAUUGUACAUAAUUUAUACAUGUCAGUAAAUAAAAAAAAUUGUAAUUUAAAAAGAACCCGCUUCCAGUAGAUAAAAUUAGAAAGUUCUUCAAUACAAUACAGGAUCAGUUUCACGGCCUGCCAUUCGGGUAAGCUGUAGCUAGCAUGUACUAGCUAGCCCACAAGUCAUUUUAACUAUAAGCCCAAAAACCUUCUGUAUUUGAAUUUCCCCAAAAAACAGCACUUGCCUGUCGGGCAAAUUACGAACAAAAUUCACUAACGCGAUAGUAAAAUCCAACAGCCUGGGGCUAUCGGACACGACUUGCUUUGCACGCUGCAAUAUUGUUGUAUUUUUACAGGCACUGGUAAUAAAUUAUUGUCUUGAAGUCUUCUUUUUCUUUUUUUCUUAUUUCAUGCAGUGGGGAAUCAGCGUUCAAAAACAUGACCAUCCCAUAUGGCUGGGCAAGACAUCCAAUGAUUUAUAGAAUUGGAAAUAUUGACAGAAACGUUCCUAUAACUAUGAUUUAUGGAUCACGAUCAUGGAUAGAAAGCAGCUCAGGCCGGGAAACACAGACAAGACGCAGUGAAUCUUACGUUGACGUUCAAGUAAUCACAGGUGCCGGACACCAUGUGUAUCUAGAUAAGCCAGAUAAAUUCAAUGAGAUUGUUGAAAAUGUUUGUCAAGCAGUGGACAAUGGUGGUGUAGAAUUUAAUGCUCCUUCAGAAAGUAAUAACUAGCAAUCAUGCUACUUGUAGCUGCUUUUGCAUCAGUUGAUCACUAUUCGGUCAACAUAACUGUAAAAGAAAAUUUGGAAAAAAAAAUUGCUGGAGUUGUUGAUAUUGUUGAAUUACCCCCCAAGAACAAGAGAUGGGAAUUAUUCAAGGAUAUUAACUUGCCUAAAACAAAUUAAUAUUGUGAAAGGUUUGAACCCAGGAGUCAUUUCAAAAGUAGGUUGAGUUUGAUCAUCCGCGUGAACGUAGUCCUGAAUAGGACGGUUGUUGUUGACAGUGACUGACGUUUCGACAACCUGUGCAGUUGAGUACUAGCCAUCUUCAGAGUCAAAGUAAGCUGUAUCACGUCAUGAUCAGUUGAUGGUAUUAUACUCUGGUUAUUGAUAGUGUUAAAAUGAUGUUAAUUUUUUUACAAUGUGUGUAUGUAAGGUGGAACAGAUUUAAUAUAAUUUUCUUCUUGGGUAAGAUGAAGGUGAUAGCUUUUAAUGUGGGUUAUUUAAAUUAUUGCUUUUGUACAUUUUAGCUGCUAGAAGGAUAUAAUAAUUUUAUUAAUAGGUAUUAAACUUAAUAAAAAUACACUUCAGCUCAAUGCCAACGUAUGUUUUAAUACCUUUUAUUACCAUUACUAUGUACUAAAAGUUAACGAACAAGUGCUGCUGCUGUUGGCAGUUAUUUCUUACAUUUCCAGGCUGUUUAUUUGAGGACACUAUACUCAUUCAAGGUGCAGGCUCAUGGUUAGGGCCAGGUCUAAAGUACAGACAGUACAGGUCACUGCUCCAUUGAUAAAUUACCAAACCACACAGAUUCUAAUAACAGAGCAUUUUGUUAAGAGAGUAGGGCUAGGAGAUUCUUAAUGCUAUUCUUUUAUCUGUAUCAUGGUGACCUGUGGAAAAGUGACCUGUAUUUUAGACCUGCCAUCUUAUUAGAGGUCAAAUCAAAACAAUAACAUUAUAAUAUUAUAUUAUGCCCUCUUUUCCUUCAAUGAACCAACUGCUAAAAGAACUGCUAUUUAGUUAACUUCUGCAAUUGGUAAAUAGCAUUCUCUAAAUUCACUAGCAUAAUGUUUUAUUUUGAUAUUCUGUGAAUAAAUUCUGCUCUCACACUGAAAUAGAUGCUUCUAGACUUAUCUGAAUGGUGUAAGGAAACAAAGUGUGUUCUUGUAUGAAUAACCCUGAGACUGCAUGAGGACAAACUAAUUACUUAGAAAUUAUUAGGUAGACUAUUAUUAAUAAUACUCCAACAAGUAAGCAUACAUGUAUUAAUAUCUGUCCUCUGAGCAAAUAAGACAGUAAUGAGCCAGCCAGCUUUUGUUUACGCAGAGGCUUCAUCUGCAAAAUGAGGUUCUGCUUUUUAAUACAUGUUUCCUUCACAUCACAUGAGAAAAGUUAAAGCUCCUUGUUUAAUUGUUUAUUUGCUCUGCGAGGAAAAUUUACUAAGGAUACACCUAUAAGUAUUUUUAUAUGUAAGUAAAUUUGUUGUUAUCUCCAGAAUAUAAAUCUUGACUACUUGGUAUGCACAUAAUGUGGUUCAAUUUUGUCCUAGAAUUUCUAAUUAAUAAUUAAGUCUUUGUGUGGCC